AUGGUUGGUGGCGAUGUCGAAUUUGAACCCAGGCCGACCGACGAUGCUGUCUGUGACCCAUGUAUAGCCUCUUCAGAAUCUGUUGCUGCUGCUACUACCACCGCUGGCCGGCGCGAUGCCACUGCUUCGCCUGCGCUUGAUUUCUUCAUCGACCUACCUCAUCUCCCUAUGGCGAGCGAAACCGCAUUGGCCGCCCUCGCGACCCUGCCUACACCGAUCCUGGUCCUGUCUUCUUUGAAAACGGUCGUUCUGGCCAAUUCUGCCAUAGCAAGGCUGCUGGGGGUGGAUCAAGAUGAUCCCGGCUUCAGCGUCGGCGACUUCCUCAAGGGUCAGACGCUGUCGCAGUUGGGAAUUGACAUGUUCGCCGACGGCGGCGUCCCCAUAUGGGUCAGUUGGGAGAGAUUUCUCGACAACCUUGCCAGUGAUUUGCACCCGCCUGCAGGAGACAGAACCUCCUCGGGAGAUUCGUUGCGGGAUGUACAGAGCGGCGAGACAACUCCCAUUGCUGUUCCCGAGGCCGCCGCCGCUGCAAGAGGUAGGUCGCCCCCGCAAAACCGUCCCGAAAAAUCUCAAGAUACCGUGGUCGAUGUCAUCAUCUCCGGCAGCCAUCAUGACCAGUCGCCACAUCGCAUUCCGCGACACAAACAUAACAGUGCCCGUCGCGCUGUCCGCGCCACCUGUCGAAUGAUAAUAAGUAUCUGGGCCCUAGAAGGACAGCAGUUUUUCACCUUGACGUUUACCAGCUCAGUGGGACAUCCGUCUCAUCGCCCAUGGUCACGCUCAUCAGGUACUCCACGCCAUCCCUCGUCCCAUUCCGCCAGGUCCUCUCGUUCUUCUCAGCCCCAAACUCCUGUGUCUUCGGGGAGGACUUCUCAUGUUGGGUCACCCGGAGAGCAGUUACACGGGGUCUCGUUCCCUCCUAUCGCCCCUCCUUCCCAUUGUAUUGCCCCUUCCGCCCCGACGGACUUUCAGAAGGUCCUCAAGAUGAAGAAUGCCAUGUUGAGCGCGAUUGAGAUCCCAUUGAUUGCCAUGUGGAGAGAUGAGAGCGUGGUGUUUCCAAACCUGGCUGCCCGAAAAUUACUGGCAGUCGAGGCCGAUCCAAUGUCUGACGAGUCGUAUGAUUUCAUGUCGCGAUUUCGCCCCUGGGCAGCAGAUUUCUCAAGAGAGCUCGAAGAAGAUAACAACCCCGUCGUGGCCCUGUGUCGCACUCAGCAACCCUUCACGAACUGGAAGAUUGGCCUGCUUGACGAGAAGACCGGCAAGAAGUCCAACUUUGACGUCAGCGGGCACCCUGUCUACGACGAAAAGUCUGGAGAGUUUCUGGCGGGCUUGAUCGCGUUCAAGGAUGUUACAGAAUACACGGAAAAAAUUGCCCACCAAACAGCAGAAAACGAGGAACAGUUCCGCCUCAUCUGCGACAUGAUGCCACAAAUGAUUUGGACGACGAGACCCGACGGCUACCACGAUUAUUACUCCAAAAGAUGGUAUGACUAUACUGGCCUGACCCCUGCCAACUCUUUAGGUCCAGGCUGGAAGCAGCCUUUUCACCCAGAGGACAUGCCCGAGACCACACGCAAACGGCGUCAUUCUCUCGAGACCGGAGAGGAGUACAUCACCGAGUAUCGUUGCAGAAGGUUUGACGGUGAAUGGAGAUGGAUGCUCGGGAGGGCCCUGCCCAUGCGACACCACAAGACGGGCAAGAUUCUCAAGUGGUUCGGCACUUGUACCGAUAUUCAAGAAGUCGUCGACGCCAAGGUUGCCGGGCAGAGGGUCCGACGGCAAUUGCUGGAUGUGUUGAAACACUCGCAAAUGACCAUGUGGAUUCUCGACCGACAAUUGAAUGUCAGUUUUCACGAAGGGUCCUUCGUUAUGGGCGAUGUGACCACCGAACAAGCCCUCGGGGCCCCUGUCCUCGAGGUUUUGCGCGAUCACCUUGCGCCGCAAGCUAUUGACGAAUUUAGAGAGGCUCUGUAUCGUAUCCUCUCAGGAGUCUCCGAUCUGGAAAUUUGCGAGAAUGAGGUGAAUUCUAGAUGGUUUCGGUCCAAGAUGGUUCCGUUGAAGGGCAAGACAGGCCCGAAUGGGGUCGAAGACGAGAACUUCAUUGCCGGAGUCAUUGUUAUCGGAUCCGACGUUACUUCAUUACGGCAUAAAGAGCAAGAAAACAUCAUAUUGCUUGCAAAGGAGACCGCGGCCAAAGAAGCGAGCAAGAUGAAGAGCAGCUUUCUCGCCAAUAUGUCUCAUGAGAUCCGGACACCCAUCGCAGGGGUGCUCGGAAUGUCAGAGCUGCUCAUGGACACUUGCCUAGAUGCGGAACAGAGCGAGUUCGCCCAGAACAUCCAGAGGUCUGCCAAUUCCCUCCUUACCGUCAUCAACGACAUUCUAGACUUCUCCAAAAUCGAAUCCGGUCGGCUUGAUAUUGAAGAAGUGCAAUUCAGUCUGAACCACGUGCUCCGCGAGGUUGCCAACAUGCUUUCAUUUGCCGCUCAACGGAAAGGACUCGAAUUCAGGAGUAUCGUCGAUCUUAGACCCUCGGAAGAACUCAUUGUGUUGGGUGACCCUGGCCGAAUACGACAAAUCCUAGUCAACCUCUUGACCAACAGUAUCAAGUUCACUUCCAAGGGCUUCGUCAUGCUGAGCACCUGCAUCCUUGGUGAAACCACCGACACAAUCGCCAUCGAAUUUUGUGUCGAAGACAGUGGUGUUGGGAUAGAGGAAGAAGUCAAGAGGAGGUUGUUUACACCGUUCAGCCAGGCCGAUUCAAGCACCGCGAGGCGUUUUGGAGGGACCGGUCUCGGUUUGACGAUAUCCAAAAACCUGGUGGAUUUGAUGCAUGGAACUAUUCGCCUGGAGUCCAAGCUGGACGCAGGGACCAAAGCUAUCUUCAAUGUGCCAUUCAAAAAACUUGAAUACCAAACGGGGUCUCCGGCGGCCUUGCUCGAAGUGGGCACGGUGCCCGAUAGGUUACAAUCCGACUUGUGUCUCUCUAGGGAUUCGUCAAAAGAAGAAGUUCCAAAACACCCAAAGAUAAUGACUCCGCCCAAGUCAUCGGGGAAUACAAGCAUGGCAAGUCCAGGGACGGAACUUCUUGCGGCUGAUCUCGAGCGCAAUCAGAUACAUAUACUCGUCGUCGAAGACAACCCUGUGAACCAACAAAUUGCCCUCAGGUUCAUCAAAGCGCUGAAGUUUUCUGCAAUUGCUGUGUGGAAUGGCCGGGAGGCACUGGAGUAUCUUCUCAAAGCCACCUCGCCCGACCUCGCUCCCGAGCAAUCACAACAAUAUCCGAUUCCUUCACUGAUACUCAUGGAUGUGCAAAUGCCCGUCCUGGACGGUUACCAUGCUACACACAUGCUCAGGCAUCACCCGCCAUUCACAGAGAUUGAGAUGAUUGCGAAAAUUCCAAUUGUGGCCAUGACCGCAUCGGCGAUUCAAGGUGACCGAGAGAAGUGUGAGAAAGCGGGAAUGGACGACUAUAUGGCCAAACCGGUCAAGCGGGCUUUGUUAGAGAAAACCAUAUUGAAGUGGAUAUCUAGGGCCCGCAAUGGCUACAAGCACCGGAAAUGGUCAGAAGCUCCCGCAGAUCCCCGGCAACCAUCAUGGGGAAGCGCGUGCACCGACCACUCAUCGACUUGCGGCCAGAACGAUGCAAUCGCCGCCGAAUUCUAUGCUCGCAAUGGAAUGACAAACAGUUUGUUUGCCUCGGCUGCGGAGACACCAGCCUCAGAGAAGAGUGAGAUUGAUCUGGUUGAAAAGGCCGCUGCCCUCCGGUCUAGCAUCUCCAGGGCCAUCCUCGCCACCGAGAUUCCAGGAGGCGGAACAGAAGGAGAUCGCGAAAUGAGGAGGGCCGAAGCUGAAGACAAAGCACAGGCACUGCGCGACGCUAAGCUGUUAUCGGUGACCGACUUAAGCCAUGGCCCGUCUAUUAUUGCCGCCACGGUCAUGGUAGAUGGCUCGUUUAUGCCGGGUCCUGGCUCGUCCGAUCUAGCCCAACCAGCCGAUGGAGGUGGCGGAUCCGCGCCGACGCUGGCAUUGACGGAAGAGAAUGUGUACCUCUUCAACAACACCCAAGACAACGGUUUCGGGGCAGUGGAGACCCCUUCUCCUGAAAUGACGUCUGAGCGAUUGACCUACCCUCUUUCGGAUAUUCCUGGACCACCACCUGAGGGAACUCUUGCCGCAGUAGAUCUGGCAGGCGUCAACGUCAAUGCCAAGGCCCUGGCGUCGUCGAUCCUGGAAACGGCACAGCCUUCGACUUCGCCGGCGGAAGAGAUCACAUCACACGCGGAAUCAGGUGGCGAGCGGCCUCGGAACUGUCGACAGAAGAGCGAUUGGAGCACGAGUACAGCACGACCUGAGAAGGCCAUAUGA